UUGAGGAAUGUGGCGGUGCCGGCUCGGAGCUCGGUGGUGAAGAUUCAGGAAGCUACUCUUGCUCUCCUUCUUCUUCUUCUUGUUCACCUCCCCCCUCUUCCUCUCUGCCUCUUGAUUUCCUCCGACGCCGAUUCAAGCUUCGAGGGUUUAAUCGAGCUUGGAGAACUAAGCGUUGUGGGUGUGUGCUUGUUUUCCGUUGUGUGUUUGAGCAGAGGAUCGUCCGCGAUGGAUGAAGAUAAAGGGAUGUUCAAUGUCCAACAGACGAUUGGUACGGUGCUCUGCUGCAGAUGCGGCAUCAGAAUGCAGCCGAACGCGGCCAACAUGUGCGUGAGGUGCCUUCGAUCGGAUGCCGGCCGCCUGCGCGGCGAGGGUUUUCCAAUUGACGAGGGAAUUGGGUCGCAAAUCGGACGGGGAGACGAUCGAGUGGCUGCUGCAGCAGGCGGAGCCGGCGAUUAUCGCGGCGACGGGGACGGGCACCAUCCUGGCCAAUUUCUCCACCCUGAAUGUCUCGCUGCGGAGCAGCGGAUCAACUCUCUCCGCUCCGCCGUCGAAAUCGGCGCCGCUGCAUUCGUUUCACGGGGCGCUUGCUCUGGCGGCGGCGCAGCAGCAGCAGCAUUACGAGGAACGGUUUUCCGCCGCGCAUCUGGGAUUCCACCACCACCAGCAGCAUAUGUUGUCGUCGGCGGAUCAAAUCGCGGAGGCUCUGCCGAGCGCCAGCGGCGGAGAUAG